AUGUCAACAACAACUACAUUUUCACCGAAUCGAACAUUUGCCUUUUUCGGUUAGUUUCCUUUUCACACGAAAUUUUCUUGUUUAAUGAAUAUAAUUAUUGAAAAAAAAACCAAACAAAAUUAGUUCGAAAAUUUCAACAUUUUUUCUUCAUAAAAACAAUGAAUGUCCAGUUAGAAUGUUCAAAUAAAUGUUUAGGAAGACGAUUCCUUUAUGAUGGCUUCUAUUAUUGGUUGCCUGUAUUUAUUGAGAGCGAAGAAGCUAAAGCUCCAAUAAUAUUUGCUGUUUAUUCUGUUGAAAUGUUAAUGAUAUUUUUGGCAAUUUCAAUGAACAUUUAUUUUGUGUAUUACAUUAUCAAAGUUUGUUCACUUCAUACAAAUCUUCGAUUUAUAUUAGGAUGUUAUGCUUUUUAUUCUAUUUUUGGAGUUGGAUCACGAGUUUGGUUAUUUAUUUUGCAACUUGGAUUUAUUGAAUCAAACGGUAACUUUUCCGGAAAUGAAUCUACAGUAACCAAAAACUUGAAAUAUAUCACGUGUUUUCAUUGAACAUUGACCAUAAUUAUAUGUGUAGUUUGAUCACAUCUAUCAUUAGUUUUUAUUAAAAAACCAUUUUCAGAAUUGAUGAUGAUGACAUUUAUAUGUGCUUGUAUUCGAGUUGAAUUUUUCGCUCUUUCCACAUUUCUUCUUCCAGUUAUUGUUUUUGAAAGGUAUUUUUUUUGUAUGACAAGCAUGUGAUUUUAUGAAAAAUAUGUAGUUUGGAAAGAAAAUAACCAGGUGUAAAUAACAUAUUAUUUUAGAGCAUUCGCAACAUAUUAUGUGAUGAACUAUGAAACAGAAAAACGUCGAUGGGUUGCUUUGAUUUCUCUUUUUAUUGGAAUUAUUCUAACAUUUUCUUUUUCAUUGCCGUCAUUAUUUAGUAAGUCUAGUUUAUAUUAUAAAAUUAAAAAAAGGCUAAUUUUUUCAGCAAUGACAUCAUCAAUUUAUUAUGUAGUUCUCAAUAUUUUCGUAAUUAGCAGUGCUUCAUUGGUAAAUUAAAAUGAACUAAUUAGAGACUUUCAGAAAACUUGGUUUUUUCAGACAUUUUACGUGAUAACAAAGUAUAACGAAGAAAAACUACAAAAACUAAAAUUAUGCGAGAACAGUUCAAAUAACGAAAAAUAUACCUUGAGCGCAAGAUUUCAAUGCGACGAAAAUCUACGAGUAUUCAAGGUAAAUACUUUCAUGAAAUUAAUCUCGUAACAGUUUUUCAGGUUUUGAGAUAUCUUUUCGUGACAAUUUGCUGUACAAUGGGCUGUAUUGUUUUUUGUUAUAUCAUGGCGAAAUUUGUCUUUGAAAAAGGAUCAACUAUGUCCAAUUUAUUCAUAUCAUUUUUUGAUUUCUUCAUAGCAUUGUGAGUAUUCUUUCUGGCUAGGAUCUAAAAAACUAUUUCUAAUUUUCAGUUCACUAAUUCUACUUCCUGUUGUAUGCAUAGGUCAUGCGGGUCAUUUACCAUUUGCAAUUAGAGUAAGUGACACACCUCGACAAACAUCGUGGUUCCCAUAA